AUGGAGCGGAACUUGCAAGACGCGAGUCGCAAGGUGGACGGGGUACAGGAGAAGAUUCAACUCGCCAAGCGGCGCGCCGAGCUCUUCGCGGCGCGAGCGCGCGAGCAGCAAGCGGUCGCGGAGGAAAUGGCGGCUGCUGCCGACGCGGCGACGAAGCGAGCGUACGCGAAUCCAACCCCUGACGCUGUAACCGCGUUUGAGGUUGCGGUUGCGGCGAAAAAAGUGAGCCUUCACAUAGCGGGGACAACGGCGAAGAAAGCGGAGAAAAUCGCCAAGAGGGCCGAGAUGCGCGAGGAGGCUUUAAAGCUCGCGAUUGCUUAUCAGAACAAUCUGAAACCCUUGGUUGAGAAACACGUGGCAUCGGUUCAAAAAGCCGAAGCUCACGCCGAUGAGGCCGCGGCAGAAUUCGUUAACGUUUGGAGGAACGUCAGGUCGCGGAUUACAAGCGCGGAUUUAAUAACGCUUCUGUCGACAAAUUCAGGCGGAGGUCCGGAUUCACCGAGCCUGGCGAGUAAUGUGUCAGCUUCGGGGGUUGACGGAGCUCGCGCUGCCGCCGUCGCAGUUGCGCUUCAGCGUAUAUCCGCGUCGGAAGCGGAAGAAUUCGUUAUCAGGGCUUUGCAAAAGGAGGCCGUUACCGUUUCCGAAGCUGUGAAAGCAGCGGCUGAGGAGGCUCGGAUCCGAGCCUUUGAGGCUAAGAAAGAGGCUCGGGAGAAGAGGCAGGAGCAAGAGAAUGUCGAAGGCGAGGCGGAAGAAGCGGAGUUUCAGGCGAGAGAGGCGGAGAAAGACGUGGGCCAAGCUAAGGAACGAGCCGCGCAGAUUGCGGAGCUUCUGGUGGAGCAGCGGAAAGUGGCGGAAGAAGUGGCGGCGGAGCGGGAGGUUGCGCGCAAGCGCGCAUACGUGCGGGAGUCGGAGGAAGCGCAGCAGGCGCUGGAUCUCGCGACUGCGGUCAGCGAAGAAGGCGCACGGGUGCUUGCGGAAAUGAUCCGGAAAUCGCGACGGGCAGUUGAAAAAAUUACGUUGAGGGAGGAUCGUUUGCGGCAGGCGGUGGCCUAUCGGAAAGAAACGAUGGAGUUGGCACAGAAGAAUAAAGCCGUGCUUGAGGAGUUGGAAAAGAAAGCUGUGGAAGCAGAGCAGGCGUUUAGUAAGGCAAAGGAGGAGGCUAAAAACGCGGAUAAAUUGCUCAAGAAGCUCAAGGAACUGGCGGCGAGGCGGCAUGAGGAGUCCAAAAAGCUUCGACUUCAACGGUGGGAUUCAUUCCAAGCAUCAAAAUCUUAG